AAUAUGGCGGCCGAUCACUAAAGAUUACGGCAAAUAGAUCAAAUCAUUGCAUAGCGGAUAAGUUGAUAACCCCAGCUCCACCUCCACAAUGAAGUAUAAUAGUACACGUGGCAGUAUAAAGGGCCUAAGUUUUGAGGAAGCUGUGUGCACAGGUUUUGCAAGUGAUGGAGGAAUGUUGUUGCCCGAGUCAUACCCAACUAUAACCAAAGAUCAGUUAAAGGAGUGGGCUAAGACGCCAUCUUAUAGAUCCUUAGUUAGUCGUAUAGUGCCAUUAUAUAUAGGUGAUGAAAUACCUGCACAGCAUUUGGAAGAUUUGUUAGACAAGGCGUUUUCAACAUUUACAUCACCAGAAUUGAUUCCUCUACAACGUCUAAAGAAUGGUUUGGUUAUUGCUGAAAUGUUUCAUGGUCAGACGUGGUCGUUUAAAGACUACGCCAUGUCAUGUGUUGGACAAUUUCUGGAAUAUUUCUUGUCCAGAUCCAAGAACCACCUGACGUUAUUGAUUGCUACUUCUGGUGAUACAGGAAGUGCGGCAAUUUCAGCCGUACGUGGAAUGAAAUGGGUGGAUGUAGUUGUGUUCCUACCAAGAGAUCGAUGUUCUAAAUUACAAGAAUUACAGAUGACCACAGUUCUGGAAGAUAAUGUCCACGUUUACAGAGCGGACGGAUGUUGUGAUGACAUGGAUGACGUCUUUAGUAAAAUCCACGCGGAUACCGAGUUUGUGAAACGAUAUAAUAUUGGUUCCUUGAAUUCGGUUAAUUGGGCAAGAAUUAUGGUUCAAAUUGUUCAUUAUUUCUAUAUCUAUCUAAAGAUGGAACCAGAUUGUGAGAAGGAAGUUGAGAUAGUGGUUCCUACUGGUGGAUGUGGAAACAUCACGGCUGGUUGUAUAGCAAGAAAAAUGGGCUUACCUAUUAAAUUAGUUUGUGCUGUAAAUGAAAACGAUUGCGUCGACAAGAUUGUAAAAGAGGGUAGCUUCGUGACGAAACCAACAAUAAGUACCAUAGCACCUUCCAUGGACAUACAGAUGCCUUACAACAUGGAGAGAAUUUGGAGUGUGGCGACAAAUGGUAAUGGAAAUUUAAUCAACCAGCUUAUGACGGAUUUAAACCAAACUUCAAACAUUCAACUUCCAGGAACUCUACAGAACCAAGUUCGAUCGUAUAUUGGAUCAUUCUCAGUUAAAGAAGCUGACAUUAAAGCUACUAUAAAGAGAUGUUAUAAUGAAAAUGAUUAUAUUUUGUGUCCACACACUGCUGUAGCUGUAACUUAUCAUUACAAACAACAAAGUAUUGGUGAAAACAGCAAUAUGGCUCGAGUUGUCGUAGCAACUGCUUCGCCCAGAAAAUUCUCAGAAGCAUUACAGGAAUCUGGUGUACCAUUUAAGUCUGAUAAAAGUGUGGCGGAAUUACAGGCAGCACCAACAAGGUAUACAGAUCUAGAGAAGAAUGAGGACUGGUUACAGGCCCUGCGAGAAAAAAUACUUGAAAUAGCAGAAAGACAGAAAACUGUUGACUAAAUGUUAUAUUCAGAUAUGUGAUUAAGUCCAUGAAUAUAACGGCCAUUAAUUGCCAUAGUAAAUAUACAUAUUAAAACUGAUGAAUAAAUUGUUAAUUUUCUGAAUAUUAAAUAUAUGACAUUAAUUGCUUUAGUAACUGUACACAUAUUAAAACGGAUGUAUAAAUUGUUAAUUUUCUGAAUAUUAAAGAUAUGACUUUGAUUAAAUUAA